CUCUGGGACUUUGAACAAUAUUUCUGCUUGUACGCCGCUCCGAUCCGAUCCAAACCGAUCCAAUCCGAUCCAGCCAGCAGCUAAAAAAAAAGCAAGGCAUUUCAUGUUUUUGUUAUUACUCUCUCGCAAUAAGAAAAACGAAACAAAACACGGCGAAACAAUAAAGAAAAGUGCAAUGAAAACAGCCACAUAAAUUGCAAGCAAUUUGUAAUCGGGAUCCUAAUACCGUUUCUUUCUCCCCCUCCAGUAUUUGUGAUCAACGAAAAAAAACACACUCCAAACAAACAAAUAAACAAAGCAAAUUGGAUUAAUUCUCAGCGGAUUUCCACAACACACCCAGACACAGCUCCAGAGAGGCAAUUAAGGAAGUAAUUCGUGGCCAGAGUCGCGAUGCAGUGCAACAUGCGAGCACAUGAAACCGCUUGAAACGUGGAACGUGGUUCGUGGCUGUUAAAGCGUCAACAGCAAUUGCCAUAAUUGCCAUUGGAGCAGCGCACACAGUCCAAUAACCGCUGAACCAGCAGCAGCAAACACACCCGUCCGUCACCCAAGCUCCAAUCCAAUCCCAUCCCGGCGCCGCACCCGGACCAAUCCAAUCCGAACCGAUCCAAUCCGAUCCGAACGAAACCCGCCACACGAGCCAUCGGCGGCAGGCACUGCAAAUCAAGCUCAAUUGCGCCGGAAAAUCCCCAAACACUGCCGAUCCAAAGACCAGUACCCGUACCCAGACCCAGGCCAAGACCAAGACCGAGACCAGGCCAAAAACCAGCAGUGGCGAGAGAUCAAUGAACGCGGCACGCAGCUGACAGCAUUCGGUAUCCACUUUUCAGUACCCAAGCUCAGCGGAGCGUAGGAAAAGCGAAGCAGCUCAGCGGCUCAGCGGCUUGGGCGGCCAGCGUUCAAGUUCAGGCGGCGCCAAGCAGGAAGUGGAGCGGCUGCACCUUAAUUGGAGCCACAGCCAGAGCCAGUGUCAUUACCACCGACCAAACGCCACUCACUCACGCGCCGCUCAUCCUGCUCGAUGUAAGAUGUUAGUGGCCAGCACACGCAACACCUGGAGAUGGAGCCAACAACUCACGUGGGCCAUUAAUCUGCUCGCCUACUGUUCCGCAGCCAGUGCCUCCUCCAGCGCCACACCCACCACAUUAACGACGGCUGCUCUGCUGACGGGUCACCAGCUGCUGCCCUGGCAAACGGCGGCGGCCACCUCCACCUCGCCCUACACGACGCCCGCCACUGCCCGGAAUCUGUAUGCUCCCUACCAGAGCUUCAGCCAGCAGGACGAUAUCAGCUUCAAGGACGUGCGCCAGCGCAGCGAUGGCACAGUGUUCCAAUCCUUUGGUUCCUACCGCACCGCCCGGCAAAUGAACGGAGGAGCCCAGCGUCGCUCUGACUCCUCAGCCGCCGUGGAGAUCAUACCAGCACCCUCCGUGGAACUGCCGCAGAGUGAGCUGAUCACUGUGCCCAAGCAGCUGGUGCCCACGCUCCCGGAGAAUGUGACGCGUCAGGGGAGGAGGCGCAACUACAUGUACAUUCCGCUGCAGACGGGAGGAGAUGCCUCAGGAAGCUCGGAUGCACUCCUGCAACUACGUCCAAGUAGAAAUGCCACUUUGUCGGCUCUGGGACCACCCGCUGAUGGCGUGGCAGCGGUGGCCCAUGAGUUUGCCGCCGAACUGGCGACCCAGGGCAGUCCAGAGCAGCAGCCCCUUGAACUGGAACUCGAUCCGGAGCGUAACGAACGCACGGAACGUAGUGAUCUUCUGGCCUCGGCUAGCUCCACGGAUAAGCUGGAGUACGCAGAGCCCCAGGAGAACACCAGUCGCCGGGUGGGCUUUCAGUUUCCCAGCUACAGCCUGAAGCCGGCCAGUCCCUUCCACCCGCAGGCCUAUCGCGAGGAUAAUCCCAUCUUCGGAGAGGCCGGAAGUAGCGGCGGCUAUGAGCCACAGCCUUACAGCGAAGAUGCUGGUCCACCUCCCACACAGUACGAGCAGCAUGAGACGCGACACACUCGCCAGCUGUACUUUGACACGGACACUGCCUCCUCCUCCAGCUUCGAGUUCCCCGGUUUAGUGAGCAACUCCAAGCCCCAUGGCCUCAAGAUCUAUCGUGAUGACGUGACCAAGUUUGGUGAUAUCAAUGGACCGAUCACAGCCCUGCCCCAGCAGAGGCCGCAGCGCGGUUUCUACUUUGGCGACACGGAAUUUCGGACGGGACCGCCUUCUCCAAUACGCCAGUUUGGACCACAGAAGAACUUCCAGGAGUACGUGGCCCCCGGCGAGUACCAGGGAUCGCGGAAGAGUCGCUAUUAUCCGUACAAGUCCUCGCGCAGUCCACGGGUGGUCUUUCCCGCCAACGACAAUGUGGGCACCACCGGACCCAGUGGACCAGCAGGCGCCAGCGGACCCUCCGGCAAUGGAGUCUACUUCAGUGACAAUAUAGCUUUCAGGGACCAGAACUUUGGCAUCAAUGAACUUUCCGCCGUGCAGGAUGUGCGCAAUGACUACAGCCUGCAGGAUUUGGACAGCGCCUCGGAGGCCACCAGCAGUCCACAGUCGGCGAGCACGUUCAAGGAGAAAGUCGACAUCACAACGGACACGGAGUGCCAGCAUCGCGGCGGCACCUGCGAGUUCUUUCUGGGCUGCUGGCUCUCCGGCGGCCUCAUUCAGGGCACCUGCGACGGACUCCUGCGGGGCUGUUGCCACCGGACGGCCAAGUCGGCCAAUCUGGGCAGCUCGGACUUCGUCGGCAAUGCCGUAGAUCUGACCGAUCUGCCGCAAAAGAACUUUGGACCGGUCAACAACGAACCCAGCUGCGGCAUCUCGCUGGCCAAACAGACUGCCCAGCGGCGCAUUGUGGGCGGCGAUGAUGCCGGCUUUGGCUCUUUCCCCUGGCAGGCCUACAUCCGCAUUGGCUCUUCCAGGUGCGGUGGUUCGUUGAUCUCGCGGCGCCAUGUGGUCACCGCCGGUCACUGUGUGGCCCGGGCCACUCCCCGCCAGGUGCACGUCACCCUGGGCGACUAUGUGAUCAACUCGGCCGUGGAACCGCUGCCCGCCUACACCUUUGGCGUCCGGCGAAUCGAUGUGCAUCCCUACUUCAAGUUUACGCCGCAGGCGGAUCGCUUUGACAUCUCAGUGCUGACGCUGGAACGUACCGUGCACUUUAUGCCACACAUAGCUCCCAUCUGCCUGCCGGAGAAGAACGAGGACUUUCUAGGCAAGUUCGGCUGGGCCGCCGGCUGGGGAGCUUUGAAUCCGGGCUCUCGGCUGCGUCCCAAGACACUGCAGGCCGUGGAUGUGCCGGUGAUUGAGAACAGGAUAUGCGAGCGCUGGCACCGGCAGAACGGCAUCAAUGUGGUCAUCUACCAGGAGAUGCUGUGCGCAGGUUAUCGCAAUGGUGGCAAGGACUCGUGUCAGGGAGAUUCGGGAGGACCGCUGAUGCACGACAAGAAUGGGCGCUGGUACUUGAUAGGUGUGGUUUCUGCCGGCUACUCAUGCGCCUCUCGAGGCCAGCCCGGCAUCUACCACAGCGUGAGCAAGACCGUCGACUGGGUGUCCUACGUCGUUGGACUGACGAUGAACAUUUAGGCAAGGAACCGGACAGGAACGUAACGGAACGGAAUGGCUUAUUUAUUCUCAUCCAUCAGCAUUCGCACCUGCCUGCUAAGUGGGCCACAGAUUGUUUUGUACAUAACUCACUUCAUUCUGCUUCUGAUUCGGAACUCAGCGCCGACUUAAUUUAUGGUUUCACCCGACCAGAGACAUCUCUAUAUAUAUAUAUAUAUAAAUAAUAAUGUAAUUGAACAAAUUAGCGCAGUACAAUUUAGCGUUUAGGACUGGCUGUGUGCGUCUGCAAGACGUGCACGUGUGCGAUAUUAUUGCAAAAGGAAAAACUGAAAAACCCUAAACUAAAAGCCUUAAAUUAAAUUUAACUGAUAAUUACGGUCUAAUUUACUUAGUCAUAUGCGCUGUUAUGUAAUUUUAAAAACUAUUUAUGAACUACAUAUUUCGUGUGUAAAUAAAUUAUAUGAAAAAUGUUGAAAUGAA